AUGUCUGAGGAUGAUAUCCUCAAGCGCUUUGGAAUGGAGGAGUGCAAGGCUGUGGCGAGUCCUGUGGAUGUCAGCUCUCGACUGAUGUCGAGCAACGCUACGAGCAAGAUCGAUGUUCCAUUCUUCGAAGCUGUUCGUGCUUUGAUGCAUCUGACGACUGCAACACGACCGGACAUCGCCUAUGCUGUGAGCUUUGUGUCGCGCUUCAUGAAUAAUCUCCAAGAAGAACACUGGGUUGCGCCACGUGCAAGGAUCGACUUUCGUGGCUAUUCGGACGCAGACUGGGCCGGCGACCUCACUGAUCGCAAGUCAACGUCUAGCUACGUUUUUAUGCUAUUGGGUGCUCCAGUGAGUUGGGGCAGCAAGAAGCAGCCAAGUGUGUCACUGUCUACAAGUGAAGCGGAGUACAUUGCGCUAAGUCUGGCGGUUCAAGAAGUUAAGUGGAUCCACCGCUUACUAUGCGAGAUCAUGGCGGCUGCUAACGAGGACGGACCCGAGCUCAUGAUCCGCGAAGACAACCAGUCCUGCAUCAAAAUGACCAAGAAUCCGGUCAACCACGGCCGCGCCAAACACAUUAAUAUCCAGUACCAUCACAUUCGCGAUGAAGUCAAGCGCGGUGAAGUGAAGCUUGAAUACUGCGAGACGACGGUGAGGUUGGCAGACAGUAUGACCAAGGGACUCCACGGACCGCGCCACAAGGGCUUAAAGCCGCCGCUAGGCAUCUGUUCGCAUUCGGAUUGA